AACAACUAAGUCAUUCUCUAAGUAUUGUAUCUGCAACAUGGGUUCUGCCGGAGACUGGUGUUUGAUUGAAAGCGACCCGGGUGUUUUCACUGAAUUAAUUAAAGGCUUUGGUUGUAGAGGUGUUCAAGUUGAAGAGAUAUGGAGCCUGGACCCUGAAAGCUUUGAAGCCUUAAAACCUGUACAUGGGCUAAUAUUUUUGUUUAAAUGGUCUCCUCAUGCUGAGCCAGAUGAAUCUAUUGUACAAGACAGCAGGCUGCAAAAAAUAUUCUUUGCUUCUCAGGUGAUAAAUAAUGCCUGUGCCACUCAGGCCAUCCUGAGUAUUUUGCUCAACUGUACACACGAUGACCUUGAACUUGGUGACACAUUAUCUAACUUCAAAGAUUUUGCACAGGAUUUAGAUCCCGGGUUGCGAGGUUUAAGUUUGAGCAACUCUGAUACAAUAAGAGAAGUUCACAACAGUUUUUCUAGACAGCAGAUGUUUGAGUUUGAUGAAAAAAUGGCAAAGAAAGAUGACGAUGUUUUCCAUUUUGUGAGUUAUAUCCCUAUUGAUGGGCGUUUAUAUGAACUUGAUGGUUUAAAAAGUGGUCCUGUUGAUUUAGGUGCAAUUCCACCAGACAAAGAUUGGUUGGAUAUCGUUAGGCCUGUAAUUGAGAAAAGGAUGCAAAAGUAUAGUGCUGAUGAAAUCCAUUUCAAUUUAAUGGCUGUUGUGUCAGAUAAAAAGAGAGCGUAUUCCAAGCGGUUACAAGAACUAAAUUCAUUAAUAGAGAGCAGUGGAGGAGACCACAGUGACCUCCAGUCAGAGUUUGCCAGGCUUGCUUAUUUAAUUGGUGAAGAGGACAGAAAAGAGGAGAGAUAUAAAAUAGAGAAUAUUCGCAGACGUCACAACUACCUGCCAUUUAUCAUGGAGUUGCUGAAAAUUUUAGCCGAAGAGAAAAAGCUUUUGCCAUUAAUAGAAAAGGCCAAACUUGCAUCUGCUAAAAAGAAAAAGGAGAAAGAAGAAAAGUCCAUGGAAAUAAAAUGAAAUUGAGAACCAUGUCAUCCAUCUUUUAAGAUAUACUCCUUUUACUACACCCUCUUGUGAAUUUGGCUUUUUUAUUAAACAAAAAUACAUUUGGUCUAAAAAGAACACCCCAUGCCAAAUUGUUUCUCCUGGCUAAUAUUUAACCAUCACCAUGUGCAGGAUAUAAUAUCUCGAGCUCAAAUGGAAAAAAAAAUGGUGUGAGCCUAAAGAAAAACUGAUUAAAAAAUUGAUUGUCCAUCAUCUAUUAUCAAGUGUUCUUUUUUGUAACGCAAUUUAUCAAUUUUUGAGUUUUUAAAAAUCCGUGAUUUUUAAUGUUGAUUACACACUUAAAGAUGAAUACAAUAGUUUUGUUGAUCAGGUUAGAGUUUACAGUAACAAGGCUGCUUGUUAGAAAAUAACCCACUGGUUAUUCAUUGUUAUAUGAUCCUUUGUAUUUAUCCAGCAUCAAGCUAUAUAGUCAUUUAGGAAUUAAACCUGAGUAAAUAUAACAUCUGUAUAGGUGAACGUUUUAUCAGGAAGUACAUUCAUCCAAGUUUUUAAUUGGCAUUUUUAACAUAAAGCUAGUGUUCACUAUGUUCCUUACUCUUAGACAAUUUUGUGCUUAGGAACCAAUCAAGCUGUAAAAACUAAAGAUUUUACAUGGACAGAGAACACUGAUACAAAUUACAAUAAGAAUCUGUUAUUUAUAAUCAUCAUACUUAUUUUUAUUGAUGCAGAAAAACAUUGUUGUAUACAUAAAACGACCCAGUCAACUUUAACAGAUUAAAUUAAACAUGUCAAAGUGUAAGUUAACCUGUCGUCUAUUCUAUGGUUUGUACGAAAAAGCAAAUGUACAUGCAUUAUUAUGCCAUUAAAUGCACCAUGUUUGUGUUGAAAUAAUUCAUUUUUUUUU